AUGAGUGAGUACAAGAAAAGCGUUGCUUCCUCGGGUGCCGCACUAUUGUCGGAAUUGCCGCAGCGCGUGGCACAUGUGCACACGUUGGUACAGCAAUAUGCAAGUGAGCGAGCACCAUCUAAGCUGCGUGCUAAGUUUGCACAGAUGGUGCUAGCAGCUCCAGCUUCUGUGAGCUCAAAUGGGGACGUACAGGCGCUGCUAGCAGUUGUUGGGGACGAGGUGGCGCAACUCAUGAGCUCUAUCCAGCUGCUGCAGGUUUGGAUCCAGCUUUUGGUACCAAAGGUUGAAGAUGGUAACAAUUUUGGCGUCGAGGUGCAAAAGUACGCGUACGUGCAUCUAAAAGAGGCGUUGGAGAAGUGGCAAAAGACAUGGGAUUCACUCGCCGACUAUAGCUCUGCACGUGCAACAGCAGUGGAAAAACUUAACGCCAAGGUCAACUCCGAGACGAGUACGACUACCACCGUCACUUCGUCGAAAGGCGGCAAGGAAGGCGACGAGGAGAAGAGCGUCACGGCUAAAGUAGAGAAGCAGAGCAACACUGGCAACAAGGCACCAGAAGACGCUCUUGCCGCUGUCGUGGAGAUUGACAUCAAGUGGUACUUCAACUUGCUGCGCGCACUCGAAGGCGUGCGCGACCAAUACGCUGUAACGGAGGACGUCAUCAACAAGAACAAGGAGAAAAUUGAACUGCCGCGUGACAUGUUAUGGAUUGGGUAUGCAAUGAACACGUUGCCCUCGGAACAUAGAAGUGCCGAAGAAGUAGCUGCUAAGCUCUCACUACGUAAAACACAAGCUUUUACAUUUAGAGCAGAAUACAUUUAUCUUGCUAUGGGGCAAGGUGCAACUGUGAAACUGUGCGAUUUUGCGAAGUUCCUGUGA